AACAGCUCUUGGGCUCGGAUCUAGGUUGCGUUAACAUGGCGAAACGCACCAAGAAGGUCGGAAUCGUGGGCAAAUACGGGACCCGUUAUGGUGCCUCCCUCAGGAAAAUGGUGAAGAAAAUUGAAAUCAGCCAGCACGCCACGUAUACCUGCUCUUUCUGUGGCAAAACCAAGAUGAAGAGAAGAGCUGUGGGCAUUUGGCACUGUGGUUCCUGCAUGAAAACAGUAGCUGGUGGUGCCUGGACCUACAACACCACUUCUGCUGUCACAGUAAAGUCUGCCAUCAGAAGACUGAAGGAAUUGAAGGACCAGUAGAAGCACCACCAUUUGAUAAUGUUGCUAGCCUAUAAUAAAUGGGUUAAUUUAU